AGAGUAGAUAGAUGACAAAGCAAGUCAACUGCUCUGAUGGCUGCAACUGAGUAUUAAAUACAUAAAUCUAAACAUAAAUCUUUUCCUUUACAAAACGAGGGUUAAUUAGUUCACUUAUCUUAAUAUCCGAAAAAUUGAUUGCUCUAUUUUUAAGGGUUAAGUAAAUAAAUCUCAGAUUCACAGUCACUUUCAACACACACUUGUUGUCUUCGAUCACACAACAAACCCAAAUCAACUACUGUAUACUCCCAAGAUUUCCACCGAAAAAACCCACUUUCUAUCUGUAUCUAUUUUGCUGAGAUGGGUCUCAAGAUUAAGCUUUUUCUAGGGUUUAUGGUGCUUAAUUUUUGUGAAUCAGUGAUGGGCAAGUUUGUAGUUGAGAAGAAUAGCUUUAGAGUGACAUCUCCAGAUAGUUUAAAGGGGACCCAUGAUAGUGCAAUUGGGAACUUUGGGAUUCCUCAGUAUGGAGGUAGCAUGGCUGGUACUGUUGUGUAUCCUAAAGAUAAUAAGAAAGGGUGCAAGAGUUUUGAUGAUUUUGGGAUUUCUUUCAAAUCCAAGCCUGGGUCUUUGCCUACUUUUGUGUUGGUUGAUCGUGGAGAUUGCUUUUUUGCUCUGAAAGUGUGGAAUGUCCAAAAUGCUGGUGCUUCUGCUGUUCUUGUAGUGGAUGACACGGAGGAACCAUUAAUAACCAUGGACACACCUGAAGAGGAUGUUAAGGCUGCAAAAUAUAUUCAGAACAUCACAAUACCAUCUGCACUACUCGACAAAUCAUUUGGUGAAAAAUUGAAGAAAGUGAUUAGCAAUGGGGAUAUGGUCAACGUUAAUCUUGACUGGAGAGAAUCUGUUCCUCACCCAGAUGACCGUGUGGAGUAUGAGCUUUGGACGAACAGUAAUGAUGAAUGUGGCAUUAAAUGUGAUAUGCUGAUGGACUUUGUUAAAGAUUUCAAGGGCGCUGCCCAGCUGCUUGAAAGAGGCGGCUAUACUCAGUUCACUCCUCAUUACAUAACAUGGUAUUGUCCUAUGGCAUUCACAAUAAGCAAACAGUGCAAAUCCCAGUGCAUAAAUCACGGGAGAUAUUGUGCUCCUGAUCCUGAACAGGAUUUCAGUUCAGGUUAUGACGGAAAAGAUGUGGUUAUUGAAAAUUUAAGACAAUUAUGUGUGUUCAAAGUGGCAAAUGAAAGCCAAACACCUUGGGUCUGGUGGGACUACGUUACUGAUUUUCAAAUUAGAUGUCCCAUGAAGGAGAAAAAGUACAACAAGGAAUGUGCUGACAGUGUUAUCAAAUCCUUGGGGCUUGAUUCCAAAAAGAUUGAGAAGUGUAUGGGGGAUCCAAAUGCUGAUUCUGACAACCCUGUACUGAAAGAAGAGCAAGAUGCUCAAGUCGGGAAAGGGACAAGGGGUGAUGUAACCAUAUUGCCAACCCUUGUUGUCAAUAAUCGACAGUACAGAGGGAAGUUGGCGAAAGGGGCUGUUCUAAAGGCUUUAUGUUCUGGUUUUGAGGAAACAACUGAGCCAGCUGUGUGUUUGAGUGGUGAUGUUGAGACAAAUGAGUGCAUGGAAAAAAAUGGUGGCUGCUGGGAAGAUAAGGCUAGCAACAUCACUGCCUGCAAGGAUACAUUUCGUGGAAGAGUAUGCGAGUGCCCUGUAGUUGACGGCGUGCAGUUUAAGGGUGACGGUUAUAGCUCUUGUGUAGCAAGUGGGCCUGGUCGCUGUAAGGUCAAUAAUGGAGGUUGUUGGCAUGAAACUAAGGGAGGACAUACCUUCUCUGCUUGUUCGGAUAAAGGGGAUGGCAAAUGCGUGUGUCCUCCAGGUUUUAAAGGCGACGGUGUGAAAAGUUGUGUAGAUGUUGAUGAAUGCAAAGAUAAGAAAGCGUGUCAGUGCCCUGAAUGCAGCUGCAAGAAUACCUGGGGUAGCUAUGAAUGCACAUGUUCCGGGGACAAUCUUUACAUCAGGGAGCAUGAUACUUGCAUAAGUACAACUGCAGCCGAAGGAAAGUCUGCAUGGACCGCUGUUUGGGUCAUUCUGAUAGGUUUGGCUAUGGCUGCUGGUGGUGCAUAUAUGGUGUACAAAUAUAGAUUAAGGUCAUACAUGGACUCGGAGAUCAGAGCCAUAAUGGCGCAAUACAUGCCCCUAGACAGUCAAAAUGAAAUUCCAAAUCAUGUCAGCGAUGACCGAGCUUGAAGGAAAUCGACCAAGAGGAAGUCUGAUCAUUUUAUUUAUCAGAACUUUGUUUGAAGCAAGGAGUACACAAGCUAUUUAUGUUCAGAUAAGAAUAUUAAGACCUCUUGCGCCUUUUUAGUAUAUUUUGGACAAUAAAAAAGAUAGAUGCAAAGAAAUUGUCCCAAAAUCUGUGUAGAAUUAGUAAUUACUAUGCCAAGUAAAGGUAGAUUGAAAAAUUAUUGGAUAAAUUCUGGUGUAAUAUUCUUGUACUCUUUUGGUUGUAUUCUUACCACAAUUGUUCUCUCCACUUUUUAUGGAUGAUAGGGUAGGCUGACUUUCUUCUGAGCUAGCUAAUUUGUAUUGGUAUAUGGCACUUCACAAUAAUGAACUCCUGGAACAGUUUCUCUAUUUAUUAUAUUUUUCUUUCCCGA